GAGACAUGGAUCUCUCUGUUUUGCCAAAUAACAAUCAUCCUGACAAAUUCCUGCAGCUUGAGGUGAAGUCUUCAAUGAGGAACUCAGCCCUGCUUCAGGCCAGCCUGAUGAGAUUACCAGGUGGGAAUUAUCCAGUUGCACAACAUUGGCAAAACCUUGUCUACUCACAGAGAGAAAAGAAGAUGAUAACUACUCAGAGAAUGAAAGGAUCUGGUGUAGAGGGAACCAUUGCUACAGAUAUUCCCCCACGAUCCCUGUCAUCAAUUAUGAUCAAUAACCCACUAUAUGGUGACAUAAGUUUGGAUGAAGCUAUGGAAGAAAGAAAAAAGAGCCCUUCAUGGACCAUUGAAGAAUAUGACAAACAUUCCUUACACACAAACCUCUCUGGGCUUCUGAAGGAAAAUCCCAACGACCUUCGGUUUUGGUUGGGAGACAUGUACACACCUGGUUUUGACACCUUAUUAAAAAAAAAAGAAGAACAGGAGAAGCAUUCAAAAUACUGUCGUAUAGGCCUGAUGUUGCUCCUUGUUGCCUGUGUUUUGGUUUCCAUAGUCACUAUUAGCUCUUUUUUGACAUAAAGAAACUUCUACAGGCACAAGGUCUCAAGCUUUUUGCCUUUCUUUAAAGUACAUAUAAAUAAAUAUUUGUAGAAAAACAGGUUAUGCAGUGUAAAUAUGUCAUGGAUUGUAUAGUUCCAUGUAGCGGUUUUGUAGAAGACAAAUAGUGCCUGGCAUAUGUUGACCUCUCUACUUCGUUCUGAAAUCUGUGUGAGAUUUCACCUUUGGGAACAGCGAUUCUGGAGACAGAAGCCAUAAAAAAAAAUAAAUAAUAAUAAUAAUAAAAUCACACACAAUCAAAAUUGAGUAUUUUUUACAGAGAAUGAAACAAAGUUGACAACUAAUAACAGCUUUGUUUUAAUGCUCAAACUAUAGUCACAUUGUAUUUAAAGUCUGAUUAUCUUCUU